CGACCUCCUCCUACCUUUUCCUCACCAACUCGAUCGAUGGAUCCUUCUCUUCUCUAGGACACGCAGUACCAGUUCUGAUCGCUCCGGCUCAUCUUUAAUUCUUUGGCUGUAUAUAAGUAGUAGAUGGAUUGAGAGAGAUAGCGGCGAGGUAGGCCACAGUAGUUCAUAGAUAUAGAAGCUGAUGGGCAGGUCGCCGUGCUGCGAGAAAGCGCACACGAAUAAGGGAGCGUGGACUAAGGAGGAGGACGACCGGCUGGUGGCCUACAUCCGCGCCCACGGCGAGGGGUGCUGGCGGUCGCUGCCUAAGGCCGCCGGCCUCCUCCGAUGCGGGAAGAGCUGCCGUCUCCGUUGGAUCAACUACCUCCGCCCCGACCUCAAGCGCGGCAACUUCACCGACGAGGAGGACGAGCUCAUCAUCAAGCUCCACGGCCUCCUCGGCAACAAGUGGUCUCUGAUAGCUGCGCGAUUGCCCGGGAGAACCGACAACGAGAUCAAGAACUACUGGAACACUCACAUCAGAAGGAAGCUCGUGAGCAGGGGAAUCGAUCCGGUGACGCACCGGCCCAUCGCCGGCGCUGAUCAUGCUUCUUCCGAGGCGGCGCCGACGCCGACUUCAGUCCCAAAGAGAACAACAACUCCUUUCGCGAUUGGAUUUGUGGACAUUGAAGACAAGAGCAGCAGUACCGGCGGCUGCGAAGUGGAGCCAUCGCCGUCGGCGUGGCAGCUGUCGGAGUUCCCAGACCUCAAUCUCGAGCUCAGCAUUGGCCCUCCCUCUCAAGCUCCGGAGCAGCAAAAGAGCUCGAGACGGCAGGAUUCCUCGUCCUCAACGCUUAGAAUUCAACUACUGUAGCUUCUCAGCGGCUAAAUUAGCAGCUUAAUUAAGCCAUGUAACAUCAGUGAAUAUUUAAAAUAUAUAUAUAUCGGCAAUUGACG